GUUCAUAGCAUUGACAAUGAACUUGAAGACUCUACACAGAUAAGAGGGAUUGUGCAAACCUCACUUGCUCUAUGCUCAUCUGUAUACAUAAUGACAAGCCUUUUUGGAUUCCUUCUAUUUGGGGAUGGAACUCUUGACGAUGUGCUUGCCAAUUUUGAUGCCAACCUUGGCAUUCCUUAUGGUUCCUUCCUUAAUGAUGCCGUUCGCGUCAGCUAUGCUGCUCACCUUAUGCUUGUGUUUCCUGUCGUCUUCUUCCCCUUGCGGCUCAACUUGGAUGGCCGUUUCUUUCCCUCUUCAAGGCCUUUGGUUCUUGACAACAUGAGAUUUGCCCUUGUCACAGUUGGGCUGAUUGGUAUUAUCUUCUUGGGUGCAAACUUUAUACCCAGCAUCUGGGAUGCUUUCCAAUUCACUGGAGCAACUGCCGCAGUGUGCAUCGGGUUCAUCUUCCUUGCUGCAAUUACACUCAAGGAUCGACACAACAUAGCAACUAAGAAGGACAAGAUCUUGAGUAUUGUUAUGAUUGUCCUUGCUGUAUUCUCAAACGUGGUGGCAAUAUAUAGCGAUGCCUAUGCCUUGUUCAAGAAUGCCAACACUCCAUCACUGCGUGAAUGAUCUCCAAUGCAAUUCUCUUAUACGAGAAUUUGCCAGGUUGUGCUCAUGUUUUCAGUGAACCAUCGACUGGCUGGAUCAUAUAAACUUUAUUAGAAAGGAAAACCAGGGCUUUCCAAGGGGAUUGAAUAAAAAAUAAAGGAACACUGCUCAAUGUAAAAAGGUGUGUUUGCAACUUUGCUGAGUGUAAGAACUGGGCAUCGCAAUUCUUUGCCCUCUGCAUGUAUGUUGUAUGAAGUUGUUUCCGACAUUGAACUCUGCUAUUUUUGGUACUAGAAUGAAUGAAGUGAGCUGUGAAAAAUGAAUAUAUGUAUCUUUAUAUUUGGCAUGCA